UCAAUUCAAUUCGACGGAAGUUGAUAAAAUGAUAUGUAGAUGCCUUAGCGAGAUCAGUUUUACUUUUUUACGAUGAGGUGGUACCAGGGUGUCGCACUGUUACUCGCAAUUAAUUGGUGUUAUACUGUGGAAGCCGAACAAUGGAGCCUUAACAGCAUUAAACCUAAAGUGGAUCCGGUCGGUGGACGUAUAAUUGGUGGAUAUGAAGUGCAACCACACGCUUAUCCCUUUGCUGCGGCACUGUCCAUAGACUACGGAGCAUACUUUUGCGCCGGAUCACUAAUUUCACUCAAUUAUGUGCUCACAGCCGCACACUGUGCAGUUGUGAUGUAUACAGUUGAUGUAAUCCUCGGAGCCCAUAACGUUAAAAACGCAAGCGAGGCCACUCAAGUGACAAUUACCAGUACCGACAUCAUAGUGAAUCCCGCCUACAAUACGACGUCAUACAAUAACGACAUCGCCCUUAUCAAGCUGCCCCGUCCCGUUUCUCUAAACGAUGCGAUUCAAUUGGCUCAACUGCCCUCCAGGACAACGAGAGCGACCAAUCCCGACGACGUUGUGGUUGCCAUUGGUUGGGGGCUCACUGAAGACGUACCGAUCCCAUCUACCCAGUAUCUAUCGCCAGUACUAAAAGCCGUCAACGUGACCGUAAUGACAGUAGAAGAUUGUAGUUACAUUUACAACGACCAGAUAAACUACGUCACGGACAAAAACAUCUGCACGUCGGGUUACAAAAUGAAGGGAACGUGCGACGGAGAUUCGGGAGGGCCGCUCGUCACCAGAGACGGAAUUCUCAUAGGACUCACCUCCUUCGGCGACGAGCUUUGCGAGGCUUGUAACCCUUCGGCUUAUACGGAUAUCUCGAAGUUCCUGGAUUGGAUCGAAGAAAAUUCUGACGUCAUCAUCAAAUAAAAUGGCACAGAUUAGUUUGUUCUGUUAAAUGAUUAUGAAG